GCUAUUCCCUUCUCACUGUCUUUUUUACAUUUCGAUCGUUUGGAUUCCACCAUUCGCCUGUUUUUUUUUUUGCUAACAUUUUUGAUUGUAAAAUUCGUUGAUUUUCUCGAUUUUUCUCGUUUUGAAAACAAUGGCUGGAGGUAAAGCUGGUAAAGAUUCGGGUAAAGCCAAAGCUAAAGCCGUUUCACGUUCGGCUCGUGCUGGUCUACAAUUUCCGGUAGGACGUAUACAUCGUCAUCUAAAAAAUCGUACUACAUCUCAUGGUCGUGUUGGUGCUACAGCCGCUGUUUAUAGUGCAGCCAUUUUGGAAUAUCUAACCGCCGAAGUACUCGAAUUGGCUGGUAAUGCAUCGAAAGAUCUCAAAGUAAAACGUAUUACACCUAGACAUCUUCAAUUGGCCAUUCGUGGUGAUGAAGAAUUGGAUUCAUUGAUUAAGGCAACCAUUGCUGGUGGUGGUGUCAUUCCACAUAUACACAAGUAUUUGAUUGGCAAAAAAGGAAACGCACCACAAAAACCUGCGUAAAAAAAAAAUUUUCCAUCAUGAUCAUAUCUAACACUUGUCCAUUUAUAAAAAUGAAUCAACUGUCUAUUUAUAUAAUCGAAAAAAUUGACCCGGAAAUGAACGAAUUACACGAUCAUACAUUUAUCUCUAUCCCUACUACUACUUUUUAAAUGUAAUCAUCAAACACAAUAACAACAUUCUUAACCAAUCAUACCUACCUACCUAUAUACAUAAUAAUAACACAUUUUUUAUGCGAAAAAAAAAUUUUCUUUUCCCUUCAUAUUUUCAUUUUUAUCAUUCACAUAUAAUUUUAUUUUAAAUUGCGAUUUGUAAUUCAUAUAUUCAUUCAUUGUAAUCAACCGAUCAUAAAAUUGAUAUUACAAAACAAA